AUGUCAUGUUCAAAAAUAUUAUCAGGAGAUUUACAUGAAUUAGUAUAUGAAAUCAUCAAAAAUUUUCAGAAUGAUUAUUCAACCUUACAUUCAUGUGUUUUAGUAAAUAGAUUAUGGUGUCGUUUAGCGAUUCCAUUACUAUGGGAAAAUCCAUUUUCAAUUACUACCGGAAAUUAUAAUUUUAUUGAAGUUUACUUAUAUAAUUUGGAUGAUUAUUUAAAAACAAAAAUAAAUGAUUAUCAAAUUAUUAAUUAUUUAUUACCUUCGAAUACACUUUUCAAUUAUCCUAGUUUUAUAAGAUAUUUGAACAUAUGUAAUGUUACUUUUUCUAUUGAGAAGUGGUUAGAAGCUAAUGAUAAAACUUCAAAUUCAGCAAUAGAUUUGGUACAUAAUAUAAUUUUAACAUCAGUAUCCGAAUUUAAAAAAUUAAUUAAUAUGUCAAUAGUCAAAUUAUUUAUUGAAAAUGAAGUAAAUUUACAUACUUUUAAAAUUGAGAUAAACAACAAACAUUUUGAUUAUUUCAUUUAUAAUGACAUUUUAGAGAUAAUUUUACAAAAUCCAAAUUUCAUUCAUAAUAUUAGAAAUUUAAACCUUUCUGUUGUAAAGAAUCAUUGUAAAAGUAUGUUACUAAUUAAAAAUCAAAUAUCACAAAUAAUUAAUUUACAUCAAAAUCUUAAAUUAAUUUUAUUUGGUUAUAAUAACUUAACUUUAUAUCAAUCAUUACUAUUAUCAAAAGAAUUUAAUUGUUCAAAUACUUUAAAUACAAUCAUUUUUUAUUAUGUCAAUUUUAAUGGUAUAAAUAAUUUAGUUAAAGCAUUUGAAAAUUUAAAUGUUUUAGAAUCUGUUCAUAUCAUUUAUUGUUCUUCUUUAGAUGGUUUUAUUCAACAAAUUAUUAACUUAACCAAACCAUUUAAACUAAAAUCUCUAUUUAUGAGUAUGAAUUUGCAAAUUGAUUAUUUACAAUCAUUAUUACAAAAAUAUGGGAAUUAUUUAGAAAAUUUCAGAUAUGAGAGUUACAGAUUUGGAGUUCAACAACAAUACUUAGAAUUAAUUAUAAAAUAUUGCAGAAAUAUCAAAUUUCUCGGCUUAAAUAGAAUUGAAAGUCACGUUAAUUAUCUAAUGUUUAGAUUAAUUGAAAAUAUUAAACAAAAUCUUAAUCAUCUUUCAAUUAAUGUAGUGCAUUAUCAAGAUGAUUUAAUAUUACGAAAUUUAGGACAAAUACUCCCAUCUAAACUUGAAUCUUUAAGUUUGGUUCUUUACAUGAUUAAAACAAAUGAUUUUGAAGUAUUCCUAAAAAAUUCUCAAGAUACUUUCUUUAAGAAAUUGUCAAUUAAUAAUUUGGUGCAAGGAUAUAGUGAUGAUAUUGAUAUUUUACCUUAUAUAAAAAAAUAUAUUAUGAAGAAGAAAAGGGUCAAAUAUUUAGCUAUUAAGAAUACUUCAUCUACUUUUAGUAUUAGUAAAGGUAAAGAUGUAGAUUUGUCUAAUUUAAAAGAUGAAGUGAAUGAAUUUAAGUUAUAUAAUAUUAAAGUUCUAAAAUAUGUUAAUAUAUGUACUGAUAUUUAUAGAUUUGUAAAUGAAAUUGAUUAA